AGGGAACUAAUGAAACCAGUAACUAGUGCUGUACAUAUUUGUUUCUAUACCAUUCCUUCCACAGAAUAUACCUUUGAACUAAUAACUGCCGGAGCAACACAACUCUUGGAAACUAUCAUUUCCCAAUCAUAAACAAUCAUUAUUUGACAAAUUUACUUAGUUUCUUGAAAAGAUGAGUGAAACUACUCCUAUAAAAAGUGAACCCGAAGAGGACGAAGAAAACGGACGUGUAACACCAGUACGAAAGUCAGUGCAAGAAUAUGAACAGUCCUUGCAAGCCACGGAAGGUGGGGAUGGUGCCGAGACACUUGUUGCACCAUCCAUUAACAAAGAAGAACAGGAAACAAUAACUAACGCCAAAGAGAAGGAUAUGAAGCUCCAAUUUAACCAUACAAGUCCAGUGACGGCUACCGAAGAUCUUUCUCAGGUUAUAGUUAAACAUGAACCACAAGACUUAGCCGAUUUGGAACAAACAAUGGCUCGCAUUGAUGGCGCAACAAAUGAUGAAACCAAUGAGGACGAUAGAGCAACACCACUGCCAGGAAACAAUGUCGAAAGUGAUAGAAAUACUAUUACUGAUAACACCAACCAACAUCCUCCUCCAACUCCACCGAGAAUAUCCGUGUUAUCAACAUCUUUACUAAGAGUUAAACCAGAAUUUUCAGCUGCAAUGCAUACGAUGCAAGAUGAAACUCCUGCCGAAUAUUCUUCAUUGCCACAAGAUUUCUUUGAUGGUAUUAUGAGCGAUGACAUACCCGACACACCGGCGGCUGUACCAAUAAUUGAACCCAAAAAGGAAACAAUACCUUCGGAUUUUUUCGACGAUUUGUUGGUGGAUAAAAUUCAGGAACGUGUUGAGGCUGCCGAAACGCAAGAUCUUGAAAUAAAGUUUUCAGAUCGUCUGAAACAACUGGAAGAAUUGGAAAGAAGACUGGCGAAGGAAAAGAAAAAGCAUAAAAAAUCAAAAAAGAAAUCUCGAAAGCGUGACCGCUCUCCGUCACAUUCACCGCGAAGACAUGGUAGCCGGUCUCCAACACCUACACAGCGGAGACAUAAAAGUCGUUCACGAUCACCAAUAAAACGACGUUACACACGGUCACCUUCUCCGUCCCGAAGAAGACUAGCCAGCCGUUCUCCAUCUCCCAGCGAUCGACGUAGUCGCAAAAUUAUGCGUUGGCCCCAAGAAUCACAGGUGGAAGAUCGCAUGGAUGCACCAUCUACCUCCAGAAGAUCUCAUGAGUAUCGUGCUGAAGAUAAGCGUAGGAUAAAAACAGAAGCUGAAAAGCCACCAGGAAGAGCAUCGCCGGAAGAUGUGGAAUUCAAUGAAGAUGAGUUAUCUGAAAAUAUGCAACCCCAUUUACCGGAACUUGGAGGGGAAAUCACAGUCAAACAAAAGCGAGAUCGAGUUAUUGUGCGAGCUAAAACUCUUUUGAAUUACCUUAAAGUCUCGGAAAUGGAAAAAGAUAGACCGCUCUCAACAUUCCUUUAUACCUCAAUAGUUCGUAAAUUACCGGCCAGCCAUUCUUAUCGAAAUCAACAUAUCUAUGAAAAUCGUUCGCCCCUGCAUAAUGUAAAUAAUGUUAGCUAUAAAUUUAAUUCUCAUAUUCGACGGUUUAACUUGGAGGAAUGGGGCUUAGCUUCACUUCCACCGGUAGCAGCGAAUGUGGCCAAAUUGGUCGGCUGUGAUGCCCAAGCCAUACACAAUCAAUUAAAAGUCAUAAAAAUUCCAGCAAAGAUACGAAAAAUCAAGGGCGAACCUUUAGACGAAGAUGAGGAGGCAGAGUUACUGCAAUCAGGUUCAUCUUUAUUUUGUAAUGCCUUUACCCAAACUGAUGAUGUGGUGGAUAUUGUUCAACAUAAGUCUCAGGGAUUCGAUAUUGAGAUCCAGGCUGUGCCACAAACAUUUGACAUAGCUUGUCAAACAUUGGAAACGGAAUCACCAUCCAGUAAACUUUAUGACAAUAAUGAUGACUUGCCCAUUAUGGCCAUAAUGCGAGAAAUGAAUGACAGCCAACUAAUGGCCCUACACGAUUUUGCAGAGCUGCUAAAAGAGACUGCCAGCAAUGCCAUGGAUAUGUAUCGUUUGCGCCAACGCAUGUUGGAUAUAUAUAAAUCUGCACAACAACCAUCGGCCCUGGAUCCGAGUCCCUCAGUUCCUCCAGCAGCAGCAGCAGUGGUGCCCACAGGAGUCAAUAGAUAUUCUUCCAAUGAAUCAUCGCCCUCUUCACGCAUUCGUCAUACAGACAAAUCUUCGGGUUUUCGCAUUAAUAGUGUUGAGGGUGGAGAUGGUACAUAUUUUUCAGUCAAUGAUCCACGAGGAAAUUUCGUGGGUAGUCGUAAUAGAAAUGGUGGUGGUGGUGGUCAAUUUAAUAGAAAUAUGAACAAUAGAAAUAUGGUGCCAUCUGAGUCCCAUCGAGAUUUUAAUAAUCCGCAACGCAAUCAACAAUCCGCCAAUGCUCCCAAAUUUUAUGGACGUGGAGGCUUAAGACGUUAAUUGUUUUAAAAUUUUUUUCUAAUGCCGUACUAUUGAUUAGAUUUGAAUUGAAUUUUAAAACAUUAAUUUUUUGGGUAUUGCCAAACUUAGAAUAUAUUAGAUUUUAAUUUCCAUUGUAUUGCAAUAUUGAUUAUUGCUGGUAAUAAGCAAGUGACUGAUUAGCACAUUCGAUGUAAGGAAGAAAAUGUAUCUAAUUUGUAAAUGCUUUAAUUUUAACAAAAAGAUUGGCUCAGAAUAUUAAAUUCGUUCACUUUUCUCUUGAUACCAAUUUUUUUAUUAAUAGUAAUGGUGAUAAGCAAGUGAUUAAUUAUCACAUUCGAUGUAAGGAAGAAAAUGUAUCUUAUUUGUAAAUGCUUUAAUUUCAACAAAAAGCUUGGCUCAGAAUAUUAAAUUCGUUUAUUUUUCUCUUUUGUCAAUUUUCAUUCAUUUUCUGAUUUUUCAAAU